AUGAGAUUUCACCAGAUUGUUUCCAUGCUGGCCGCGGCGUUUACGGCCGCCUCCGCUGUUCCGUUCAGUUCAGUUAGCGCACUUCAGAUACGCGAUGCCAAGCCUCUUUACUUCCUCCUGGCCGGCGAUUCAACGGUUGCUGUCGGCGGAGGUUGGGGCAACGGUUUCCUGUCAUUUGUUGAGUCACCAGCCAACGGGAAGAACUACGGCAAGGGCGGAACAACAACUGUGUCUUUCCGGGCUCAAGGUAUCUGGGAUACCGUUAUUGGCGAGGUCGAAGCAAACAAAGAUGCAUUCAGCCCGAUUGUCACGAUUCAAUUUGGCCACAACGACCAAAAGGUCGCGGCAAACAUUUCUGCCGAGCAAUUCCAAGCGAAUCUGGAGAAAUUGGCCAACGAGGUCACGGCUGCUGGCGGUACCCCUAUUCUUAUUACGUCACUUACCCGCCGCACUUUCAGCGGCGGUAAGGUCAUCCAGAACUUGGAAACUGAGCGCUUCAGAGCCAUUGCCGCCGCGGAGGCCGUGGGUGCGACGUAUCUAGACCUCAAUACCGCUAGCACCAACUACAUCAACGCCAUCGGAAACGAGAACGGACACAAGUAUGACCUGGCAUCGGGCGAUUCCACGCACUUGAAUCUUGCAGGAGAAGUUGUUUUUGGCCGUCUUGUUGCAGACCUUCUCCUCGAAAAGCGAACUGAUCUGGCCGUUUACAUAAAGGAGAACAAGGCUCUCAGUGACAAGAUCAAGAAUGGAGAAUUUGCGACGGGCGACGAGACUGAUUGA